AUGUGUGUGCAACCCUUUCUACAGGAGACAUUAGAAAAGCAUCAGGAGUGUUUAAAGAGGCAAAGAGAAGCAGUGAAAUACAGACUGAAGAAGCUGGCGGCACGGCAGUCAGAGAUCACUAAAAAGUCCUCAGUGAUAAGGGAGAGCAUCAUACGGAAAUAUCAGGAGAUCCAGGCCGUCCUGGAUGAGGACCUGAGGAUUACCCUGUCCCACUUGGAGAUGGAGGAGCGGGCUGCGGUCUCUGCUCUGGAUGGACUGAUGGAGAAGAACUGUUCUUUAAUCCAGGAGAUAGAACAGGAUCUGGCCAGACUCACUGUGGCACUAGACCAGACCAACACAGAGCCUGAUGCAACGUCUUUCUUUUCAUUCCCUGAGCAGCAAGACAUGGAGACAGUGGACAGAGUGAUGGAUCUGCUAAACAGGACGGACCCGAGCAGUGUGAACCUGGACGAGGCCAAAGCUGAACAGAUCCUCAGUCUCACCAACAACAUGCUUCUGCUUAUCUGCUCACAGACCCCUAUAAUGAAGAAACUCAUCAAGAGCUAUUCCAGUGAGGUGUGUCUGGAUCCAGAGACAGCUCACCCAAAGCUGAUCAUAUCCCACCAAGGUGACAGUGCCACCUACACAGGCACGUGGCAGCAACUACAGGACCUCCCUGGACGCUUUGACACCACCCUCAAUGUCAUCAGCCUGCAAGGCUUCAGCUUUGGUCGUCAUUACUGGGAGAUUGAUGUGACUGGGAAGACUUACUGGGAGCUGGGUGUCACCUACCCCACCAUUUCUCGCAAGGGCACCACUGAAGACUGCUGGCUGGGACGGGGCGACGAGUCUUGGUGCGUGGAGUUCUUUGAUGGGGAGUACACUGCUUGGCAUGGUGGGGUGCCCCAUCAGCUACCGUUCACAAAACACUUCGGUCGGAUUGGUGUUCUGUGUAGUUUCCCUGCAGGGUUGGUGACUUUUCUUGAGGCAGACAAAAUGACGCCGCUGUUCUCGUUCUGUGCAGGAACCUUCUCAGACUGCCUCCACCUGGCCCUGUGCCCUGGUCAUGACCACAAUGGCACCAAUGCAAAGCCUAUUGUAAUCUGUAAUGCUCCAUCUCCUACCAGUGACCUCUGA